AUGCUGCCACCUUGCUUGGCAGCAUCAGCAUUACCCUUAGACGAGGUGGUCACUGAGAUAGAGCAGCUCAAGGUUAGGGUUGAGGACUUGAGCCGAAGGAACUCACGCUACAGCCUCAUCAGCGACUCUGGAUCCAAGCCCAUCAUGCAGCAACAGACGGCACCCAACACUGCUUUUGGCACAAUGGUGCUUGGCAUUCUGGUUGAGGCGAGGGACACCGCAAAAAAGCAGCAAGGUUUAGGAGACCUCACCCAGCUACUCACAAAGGAACAAACUGACCUUGGGGUAAUCUCAGUGUGGGGAACAGGCAGUGAACUUGGUACAACAUCCAUCAUCAGAAAGGCGUACCAGGACCCAGAACUCUGUCGAAAAUUUGAAUGUUGUGGCUGGGUGAAGCUUACACAACCUUUCAAUCCCCACGAGUUCCUCUGCAGUAUGAGGAUUGAGGUAAUGGCGACAAUGGAAGGCGGACUCAUUGAGGCAUUUAUGGACAAAGUAAAUGAGAACAGAUACCUAGUCGUCCUGGAAAAUAUGUCCACAAUUGGAUAUUGGGACACCAUCAGGACUUACCUGCCAGACAGGAAGAAUGGCAGUUGGGUCAUUGUAUCCAAGCAGCAGUGUGAAAUUGCAAGCUUGUGCAUUGGGCAUUUAUACCAAGUAUGGGAGGGUUUGCAAGGUGAUGGUGAUAAAAGCAUGGAAUCUGAUAGAGUGGUAGACAACAGCAAUGAAAUAUCAAUGCAGGUUGAUGCAACCCACGGUACUGGCCUGUCCUACUACAGAAUUCCAGCAUCUAAACGGAAGGCCGCCUCAGAUUGGGUGAAGAAUUUUCAACUUGUUGAACGCAAGUCAGAAAUGAACCAACUUGGUAACUAUAUUGCUAAGGCAUAUGUCAAUGGUUUGCAAAUGAUGUCUGUCUGGGGGAUUGCCGGUGUUGGGAAAUCAGCCCUCGUUAGGACCAUGUACUUUGACAAGUAUGGUUGGGUCGAUGUAACCUACCCAUUCAAUUUAAGGGACUUCUCCCGGAGUUUGCUUUUGGAUUUUUAUUCAGACCCUGUUCAAGACAUGGGAAUCAGAGACCCUACUCAAGAGUGUCAUAAGAUUAUAGAGGAUAACCGGUGCCUUGUUAUUGAUGAUCUGCAGUCCAUGGAAGAAUGGGACUUAAUACAAGCUGCCUUGUUGUCUAGACCUUCUAGAAACAAUGAAGGGGUCAUAUUUAAUGUCAAAGGUCUAGAAGACAAAGCAGCCCUCAAGCUCUUCAAAAAGCAGGUACAAAGGCAAAAACCAUCAUCUCCUAUAAAGGACUCCAAAGAUGAAGAGCUACAAGAACUUAUUUUGAAGUGCGGCAGUCUUCCCAAAGUGGGGGUUAAACCAAUGAGCUUGAUGGGCUAUGGCCCAGUGUUUGGAGAAUGGAGGUCAUUCUUCAUCUCUGAUAGGAUGAGGUUACUUCGGGUUCUGGAUCUUGAGGAUGCAUCUGGUUUAAAAGAUGAAGACCUCAAACAAAUGAUGAAGCUGCUUUGCCGCCUCAAGUAUCUUUCCCUACGAGGAUGCACUGAGAUCUCUAGGCUGCCGAAUUCAUUGGGUUGUUUGAGGCAGCUUGAGACUCUGGAAGCCCAUCCACACUACAUCACACACCAACAAGAAGGACAUCACAUCCAAAUGCUUGUUACCAAUCAUUGGGAAUUGGGCUGA